GUGAGUGAUUGUGACAGUACAGUGGGAAGUAGAGAAGGAUGACCAUGAUAGAAAAAGAAGAAGAGAACAAGAAGAUGCAAGUGGUGGAGGAGACAAAAGAUGUGAUACCUCUCCUCACCCCAUUGAAGAUGAGAAAAUUCAAUCUAUCCCACAGGAUAGUUCUGGCACCGUUAACAAGAACAAGGUCUUACAACUUCGUGGCUCAGCCACAUGCUGCUCUCUAUUAUUCUCAACGAGCAACAAAAGGUGGCUUCUUGAUUGGGGAAGCUUCUGGUGUGUCAGACACAGCACAAGGGUACCCAAAUACACCUGGCAUUUGGACAACAGAACAGGUGCAAGCAUGGAAACCAAUUGUAGAAGCUGUUCAUAAAAAGGGGGGCAUAUUCUUCUGCCAACUCUGGCAUGCAGGGAGAGUAUCCAACUAUGGUUUCCAACCAGAUGGGCAGCCUCCAAUCUCAAGCACAAACAAGGCAGUUCAAAAGGAAGGUAGCAGCACUAAAUACCCACCUCCUCGCCCUCUCACAACCGGCGAAAUCCCAAAGGUUGUCCAUGACUUCAGAAUGGCAGCGAAAAAUGCCAUAGAAGCAGGCUUUGAUGGAGUGGAGAUACAUGGAGCCAAUGGAUACUUGCUAGAACAGUUCCUAAAGGACAAGGUGAAUGAUAGAGAUGAUGAGUAUGGAGGUACUUUACAAAACCGUUGUCGCUUCCCGCUAGAGGUGAUGAAGGCAGUGGUUGAUGAGAUUGGAGCUGACAAAGUCGGUGUGAGGCUUUCCCCUUACGCUGACUACUGUGAUUGUGGAGACUCUAACCCUCAAGCAUUGGGCAUAUACAUGGCUCAGGCACUGAGUCAACUCAGCGUUCUCUAUUGCCAUGUAAUUGAACCAAGGAUGAAAACAAUGUUUGAUAAGUCUGAUUCCAAUAAUGUGUCCCUGAUGCCAAUGCGGAAGGCCUUCACUGGAACUUUCAUUGUUGCUGGCGGGUACAAUAGGAGUGAAGGAAACAGAGUGAUAGCGAGUGGUGGCGCAGAUUUGGUGGCUUAUGGACGCUUGUUUCUGGCAAAUCCAGAUCUGCCUAGAAGGUUUCAGCUGGAUGCUGAGUUGAACGAAGCUGAUAGAAGCACUUUUUACACCACUGAUCCUGUUAUCGGAUAUACAGAUUAUCCAUUUCUUGAAAAUACAAACUAGAAAUGCUUAUUGGUUAUACUAAUUACAAACCUGCUAUGCAGAUUAUCAUUA